CUAGCUCCUUCUGCACAAUGACACCAUAUUAGGACACAAUUCUCUGACAAUAUCUUUAUUAUUAGUUCCUCUUUCACUUCAUCAAAAAUAACGUCUUGUUCGUGUGGCUGCACAUUUAUCAUCAUCAUCACCUGUUCAGUGCACAACAGUCAGCAAGUUUGCAGCAUGGCACAAUUCAGCUCCACCACGGUUACUUCUAACAUCUCCUCUUCUGGGGAUUCACCUCAUCCUUCCUUGGACUCCAGGGGUGUGGUUCCUGCAGUAGUGAUGUCCAUCUGCUUCCUGCUGGGAUUUCCUGGAAACAUUGCUGUGAUCAUUCUCAAGCCAAACUGGGAGAACAUUUCCAGUUUGAGUCAAAGUUUGAUGCUGAGUCUGGCUGUGUCAGACCUGCUCUGCUUGGUUACCCUUCCACUGUGGAUUUACUCAUUCCUCUAUGGGUGGACCUUUAGGCUGGUGGGCUGCAAAAUCAUAACAUAUUUUGUGUAUUGCAGUCUUUAUGCCAGUCUGCUGACUUUAACUGUGCUGAGCAUCCAGCGUUACCUUCAGGUGGUGCACCUUGAGAGGAGUUUACCUCAGGUAGGAGCAAAUAAGCUGCUGGUUCUGCUCUGGCUGGCUGCAAUGAUCCUGUCCACUCCUGAGUUAGUAUUUCGACAGCUGGUAGAACAGCAACACUGGACAAAAUGCAAAAAUAAACACUCUUCUGAUGGUCAGAGGAUGGCUAGUGUGUUGACAGAGACUCUUGUAGGAUCUGUGUCCCUUUCUGUCAUUGUUUUUUCAUACAUUAGUCUCUACAGAAAGGUGAAUCGGGCAGCCUUUUUCAACAAUCCACAGACCACCAGACUGAUUACCAGCAUCAUUAUGACCUUUGUUGCCCUGUGGGUCCCAUAUCUUGUCAUUAAUGUGCUUAGUUUGGUAGCUAUUUCCCUAAAAAUUGAGGGCCUGCUGAAGUUUUGUGAAGACAGCUGGAACACUGUUGCAGCACUAACAUUUCUAAACAGUACCAUGAAUCCACUCCUGUAUGCCUUUACUUCAAUUCGUUUGUCCACUUUGUGCCAGGAAAUUGCUGAAUAUUUCCAACAGAAAGUCAGAGCUCGUCAAACUCUGUCAAUGACAACAGAUAUAACUGUGGGAGCAACAUCUCAAUGUGAGCUUUGAGAACUUAUUGUUUUUCUGCUGACACAGAAAAUAGUAUUUUAAGUCUAAAGAUUUCCUUACAGCUGGCUGGUUGUGAUUUAAUGAUUAAUUCUGAGGUUAAUCUAAAAAAGGUACAUUAAACUGUUUUUUUAAGCACAUUAAUUGGGUCUCAUCAGUUGUGAUCACUUUCAUGAUCAUACUUUAUUGGGCAACUUUCACAUUAACUGUAAGCCAGAGAUCAUGUUUCAUCAGUUUUAACAAACAGAAAGCAACUGAGAGUAAAUACAGUAGGUAAAUGUAACCCAAAUAAAGUCCUUCCAUAACCAAAUAGGUUAGCUUUGCCUGAUCUUACCAACCAAUGGUGAAACGCAGCCCUCUGAGGCAACUAGGUAACUGACUUCUUCCCUCAAAUAUUUAUAUCUAUGAGAGUGACAGCUGAUACCACCAUACAUUUUUUGUUUAGAUGGUUGUGGGGGCGCUCGUAUACAUACAUGCAUGUGUGUGUGUGUUAUAUACACACAAGGCUGGACUGAAAGACAGCACGGAGGCACUAAUCAUGGCAGCACAGGAACAAGCUCUGAGCACAAGAUCCAUAGAGGCUGGGGUAGAGGCCAUAGAGGCAAGACCCCAGGUGCAUGCUGUGUAUGCCCCUGAGAGAAUCCAGCACAUAACAGCAUGGUGCAAUAUGCUAGCAGACAAGGCAUUCAUGGAACGCCAUAACCAAGCGGCCAGCAUAGUGUACGGGGACAUCUGUGCCGAGUAUAACCUGGAAGUCCUGGACCUGGAGGUCAAAAUGGGAGAUGCCCCCAAGGGUGGUGGAGAAUGAUAGCUAA